UGUCUCUUGACCGAUAUAAUCACAGUUCCUUCUGCUAAUCUAUUAAAACUCUCUCACCAUACUACGUACGUAACAAUGACAUCCAAAUCCUUCGUUGUUUGCCUCUUCCUAGCUCUAGUGGCCUCCUCCGUCGUUGCUCAAGCUCCUGGACCAGCUCCAACCUUAUCUCCCUUCCCGGCUACUCCUCCACCGUCUCAGUCUCCAAGAACCACCGUGCCGGCACCUUCACCUUCACCCUUAACCAAUCCUCCUUCCUCAGCUCCAACCACCACUCCUCCGGUAAGUCAGCCGCCGAGUGAUUCUCCCGAUGCCUCCACUUCUCCACCAGCUCCUCCGACGCCUACUUCCCCUGCCGGAGCUCCAGGCACAAAUGUUCCAUCUGGUGAAGCUGGACCUGCUCAAUCUCCCCCAACUGGCUCUCCAAACGCCGCUUCAGUGAGUAGAGUCUCCGUCUUCGGAACUUUCGCCGGAGUGACCGUGAUCGCUGCUUUGAUGCUGUAGAUGCUAUUUUGUCUUAUGUAAUAGAUUCGUUAGGAAUAUUUUUGGUUUCAUUGUUUGUCUUUUUUUUUCUGUUAUUAAUAAUUUGAUUUAUAGUGUUUUAGAGAUUUGUGGAUUCGAUUUCUGAUUUGUUUCUACUUUAUAUGAUGUUUAUUAUCGUGUUAUUGUUGGUAUUAUGUUUGUUACAAGUUUUUUUUG